GUAGGGUUUAGCUUCCCAUAGAUCUCCAUUUCUUAAUUUGGCAGCGCCUCCUUGCACAUCUCAAUGGAGGACCAAUCGCUGGAUCAAACUCCGCCGUCAAACCAGAUGCAGUCUCUCUCCGUCAACUCACAGGACCAAUCGUCCUCCUCUGACUCCACUCCUCCGAUGAGUACGGAGGAAAAGUUUCUGAUCGUGCGGAGCGUAGGGGAGGAGUGUAUCCAAGAGGAUGAGCUGUUUAAUCUUCUCGCCCACAAGCCUGAACCCAUUUGCUACGAUGGGUUUGAGCCAUCAGGGAGAAUGCACAUUGCUCAGGGAGUUAUGAAGACAAUAAAUGUUAACAAAUUGACCUCAGCUGGAUGCAGGGUGAAAAUUUGGAUUGCCGAUUGGUUUGCACAAUUAAACAAUAAAAUGGGGGGUGAUUUAAAGAAAAUCAAAACAGUAGGAGCUUAUUUGAUUGAGAUAUGGAAAGCUGUUGGGAUGAAUCUAGAGAAAGUAGAAUUUCUAUGGUCUUCAGAAGAAAUUAACUCCAGGGCAUCUGAGUACUGGCCCCUCGUAAUGGAUAUAGCCCGCAGAAACAAGCUUCCUAGGAUAAUGAGGUGUUGUCAAAUUAUGGGCCGCAGUGAGCAAGAAGAGCUGACAGCAGCUCAGAUUCUCUAUCCAUGCAUGCAAUGUGCAGACAUAUUUUUCCUUAAGGCUGACAUUUGUCAAUUGGGCAUGGAUCAGCGGAAAGUCAAUGUCCUUGCAAGAGAAUAUUGUGAUGACAUUAAAAGGAAAAACAAACCAAUCAUUUUGUCGCAUCAUAUGCUACCUGGCUUACAGCAAGGGCAGGAAAAAAUGUCAAAGAGUGAUCCAUCAUCUUCUAUCUUUAUGGAAGAUGAGGAGGCUGAAGUAAAUGUGAAAAUAAAAAAAGCAUACUGCCCCCCCAAAACAGUUGAAGGAAAUCCAUGCCUUGAGUACAUUAAGUACAUUAUCUUUCCUUGGUUUAAUGAGUUCAAAGUGGAGCGUAGUGCAGACAAUGGUGGUGACAAAAUCUUCCAAAGCUUUGAAGACCUUGUUUCUGACUAUGAAAAUGGGGAUUUGCAUCCUGGUGACUUGAAGCCGGCUCUUGCAAAAGCAUUGAAUAAGAUACUGCAGCCUGUGCGUGAUCAUUUCAACAACAAUGCUAAUGCUAAGGAUCUGCUCAAACGGGUGAAGGGCUACAGAAUCACUAGGUGAUUUUGAUGAGGACAAACACUUUGUUUUUGCUCAUGCUUUGUACUGUUACAGGAAGAUAGUUCUAUUACUUGUGUCUAAAGAGAUGUUGCAUCAUUUUUCUUAUGUCUAAUUCCAGUAAGCAAAUUAGCCAAUAAAACCUGUAAGGAUACUUUUCUUCUUUGUUAGAUUAUGAUGUGUGGUUUUCAAUGAGGUUUGAUGAUCAAUGAUGAGACAAGAUCUAGACAACAGACUUGUACUCUUCCCAACUAUUUAGUGAUUGCAUUGGGGUUGAGAGGUGGAAUAAUGGAAGCUUCGAGGGUGGAGGUGGUGGGCAAAACCAUUUUUUGUUGCAUACUGCUCUGGAAAUUACAUUCAGGGUUUAUGGGUCGAUGGAUUGAAUUGAUUGAUUGAUCGUGUUCACUUAAAUCUCCCAGCGUCUAUUGAGUUCAUUUUGCAUUGCUUUGUGCCUUGUGCUUAUGUUUGCUCGGAAAAUAGUAGUUUCCCCCUUUAUUCAAGAAAUUCCAGGGUUAUUCUUUGUAUUUGCAUACCUCAAUGUAGGUUAAAGUUC